CACUCAGACGCGCCACCAUGACGCACAUCGCUCCUCUCGUUGCUGUGCUUCUAACAUCAUCACUCCUGAGAUGGACGGCUGCAGAAGCCUCGAUCCUCUGUGCCUGGACUAAAGUUCUGCCAAACGCAGACGUGCACUACAGUUUUCUCCGGCAGGGCUCUCCAUCGCUGCGGCUCUACCACAGCGUCUGGUCCCGGGAGCGCGCUCUGCUCGGCUGCUCCUGGAGCGAGGACGCAUCAGUGAUCCAGAACUAUUUCUCUCUGUGCCUGGAGCGCACGCAGGAGUUUACCGAUCAUCCGGAUGAGAAUGUCGAUCUGGACUCCAUGUUUGGAGCCGAGGAGCAGUGCGUCUCCCUGGCUUCUCCACAGGGGGCCGAGCUCGGGUGGCACACGGGGAAAAGGCUGGGGAGGAGCGUUGGUGGUCCGGCUGAGAAUAGUCAAGGUCAGGAUGAAAGGUCAGAGGUCAGGACCCAUCUCCGUGUAAAGCGCGGGUUCAUUGUGCCCGGGACUCUGUGGUGCGGCUCUGGCAACAAGGCGCCAUCAUAUGCGGAUUUGGGGGUAUUUGCAGAAACAGACAGCUGCUGCCGGGAACACGACCAGUGCAAACACACCAUCCUGUCCUUUCACUCCGAUUUUGGUGUCUUCAACAGCAACAUCUUCACCAUGUCUCACUGUGACUGUGACAACAAGUUUCGUAGUUGUCUGAUGGAGGCGAAUGACAGCAUAUCUGAUGUGGUGGGAUACACCUUCUUCAACCUGCUGAAGAUGCACUGCUUUGAGUUCUCCCACCGACUCCAGUGUACACAGAGAAACUGGUUUGGAAUGUGUAAAGAGACUAAUAUGGCUCUGUAUGCUGAGGUCCAUGCACCCACACUCUAUGAGUCCACCAGUCCAACGGAGGCCAGUGUGAACAGGACGAGCUCCAUCAUCAACACUACCACACCCGCAGAACUCCCAGAGAGCAGCACGUCAGACCCACAGCUCUUCUCCAUCACUGCUGCUGCAUCCACGGUCCCUACGCCUUCGACAGGUUCACCCUCAGCCUCCAUCACUCCUGCUACCAGCGUCACCACCUCCACAGUCACAAACACAGCAGAGAGACCAACAGGAUCAGUUACUGAGAGUAGAAACAAUCCGGAGUACACUUCACCCAUCGAAAACCGAACUGUGACUGAGCCUGAAGCUGCUAUCACAGAGACGCGGCUGUCAUGUGGUCUCUAUAAGGAUCUCGAUGAGUGCAGGAACAAGGUCCUUCCCCAGCAGACGAGAUAUGGCCUCCACAACCCAGGGUCCGGGACGCUGUACCACUGCAACUGUACCACCAGAUUAUUCCAGACUUUGGGUAAACAGAGACAACUGACCGAAGUACAGGGUCUUCUGCUUGGACAUGUGUCUCAGUCUUGCUUUCUGUCACGGGACUGCACAGCAGGCAAAACCAGCUGUUCAGCGGUUCUGGUGCAAGUAGAUCUUCCUCAGCUGGAGCAGAGGAGCGGCGCAGAGGUGGAGCAGCAGCGCCAUCUGCAGGCAGUAAAACUGAAGGUCAGGAGAGCUAAAAGAAAAGACCGAGCCGUGAGGCUUCACAAGCUGUGUCUCAGACUGACUCGGCCCAAACAACCCAACAAGACCAGAAAACAUGGUCAAAAUGCUCAAAGGCCAAGUGUAAGAGGAAGGGAGCACGUCUGAAACGGUCUGUUAUGGAAACCCAAAGUGUUCGAUAUUAAAUACAAACCAUAAGACGUCAUGAGGUAAAUAAUCAGAUGAUAAAAUACAGACAAAAUAUAAAUAUAACUGUGAAACAUUGAAAUAAGUUUAUGGCAGCCCAUUUGUAUUUCAUGGCAGCACACACAAAAAAGUUAAAGUAAAAAUCAAAAAUUUCUUGCAAUAGACUUAUUGUGAAAAGCAGCAGGAUGAAAAAACACUUCACAAUAAUGAGCUGAGUUUUAAAACUUUGCCUGAUUAUUUCACUUUCAUGGUUAUAUAACAUGUUUUAUCUGCAUUUAUUCAUAAGAUUAUAUAUUUUAUAAUCCAUCCAUCCAUGAGCUUUACCGCUUAUCCCCGAGGGUCAAAGAGGAGCCGGAGCCAAUCCCAGCUGACACUGCGGGGUACAGGCAGGGUACAGCCUGGACAGGUCGUCAGUCUGUUAGAGACAAACAACCAUUCACUCUCAGAAACUCCACAGAGAAAGGCCCCAUGAAUGUCCUCUUUAUUUAAUGAUGAACACUUUGGAUUUCCAUUAAAUAUUGUAGUAUUAUGUUUUAUAUUGUUACAUCAGGGAUGUAGUGAAACUCAGUUGAGGCCACUGUGUUUUUUGAACCUGUGAAACAACCUUGUCAACUUUUUAGGAUAAGAAUAGAAAACUUAUUUGCAGCAAAAGCACAGCGUUUCAUUCAGCUGUAACCGUUCAGGAGCCCUUCUGUUCUGCACACUGGCUCACUGUGAUGACUUUCUAAGACACUUAAGACAUCUGAUCCAUCAUUAACGUGGUUAGAUGUCUGCCACAAAAAAAAUCUGUUGUGUUUUGUAUUGGUGGCUGUUUGUGCUGAGAAUAUUAGAACGCAAUGUCGUGGCUAACUGGCCUUUUAAUGUACCACUACAUCCAAGUCUGCACUAAUUCCCCUAAAGGACUGUAGCCACCACUCAGGACACUGAGGUGGGGUUGUUUGGGGGGUUUUUAAUAUCCUGAUAUUCUUUAGAGUCAAUAUCUUUAAAUGUGACAGUUUUUAGGUGGAAAGAGUCCCGCUCCCUCGUCACUGUUAUUGAGGUUUCAGUACUUGUUGCACUUGUAAAUAUUUAUACUGAAUUAUAGUUGUAGAGAGAUGCAAAUUAUGCUGCUAGCACAAUGAAAAAGGAAAGAAAAAGAAAAAUGUAAAUAUCUGUACAUAAGAAAAUAUUGUGAAAUAUUUGGAUUAUGAUGGAAGAAGGAGGAAUAGUUUGAUGUUUUGGGAAAUACACUCAUUGCGUUCUUGCAAGGGGACUUUCUUAGAUGAGGAGUUAGACACCACUCCUGUGUCUGUAUGACAAACAUGAGGCAGCAGUUAGCCUAGCUUAGCAUAAAGACCAGAAACAGGUGGAAACAGGUAGCCUUUCUGUGUUUAAAAGUACCACAGUCUGCCUGAUUAGCAUAUUAUUUCUCAUUUAUUGAAUCCAUACAAACAUAAAAACCCGUAAAACCACAACUUUCUGUCUUUACUCUGUAGUUUUUAAACAGAGUAAACAAACAAGACAUAAAAUGUUAGCUAGUGAGCUUUCGAGGUGCUGGUAGGUGGGUCAGGCUAGCUGUUUCCCCCCGUUUCCAUUCUUUAUGCUAAGCUAAGCUAACUGCCCCCUGGCUGCAGCCAGUGUUAUCAACAUCUCCAGCUCUAAAAGUGACAAAACUUCUGUUUCCAAAAAUGUUUAACUGUUUAUUUAAAGUGUAAAAGUUUUAAAAACACAACUGAAAAUGUCACACGUGUUUAAUUA